AUGGCCAACCUCCGAAAAACCCAUCCUCUCCUAAAAAUCGCUAAUGACGCACUAGUCGACCUCCCAGCACCCUCUAACAUCUCAGUCUGAUGAAACUUUGGCUCACUCCUAGGCCUAUGUUUAGCCACCCAAAUUCUUACCGGGCUCUUCUUAGCCAUGCACUAUACCUCCGACAUUUCAACAGCUUUUUCCUCUGUCUGCCAUAUCUGCCGAGAUGUUAGUUACGGCUGACUCAUUCGAAACAUCCACGCCAACGGAGCAUCUUUCUUUUUUAUUUGCAUUUAUAUACAUAUCGCCCGAGGACUUUAUUACGGCUCAUACCUCUACAAAGAAACUUGAAAUAUCGGGGUGGUACUUCUACUUCUCACUAUAAUAACUGCCUUUGUGGGAUACGUCCUCCCAUGAGGACAAAUAUCCUUCUGAGGAGCCACUGUAAUCACAAACCUCCUCUCCGCUGUCCCAUACGUAGGAGGCGCCCUGGUACAAUGAAUUUGAGGCGGGUUCUCUGUUGACAACGCUACUCUAACACGAUUUUUCGCCUUUCACUUCCUAUUCCCCUUCGUCAUUGCAGCUGCUACAGUCCUCCACCUUCUAUUCCUUCAUGAAACAGGAUCUAAUAACCCAGCGGGGAUUAACUCCGAUGCCGAUAAAAUCUCCUUCCACCCUUACUUCUCGUACAAAGAUCUCCUAGGAUUCGUAGCCAUACUUCUCGGUUUGACAUCCUUAGCUCUUUUUGCACCAAACCUCCUAGGAGACCCGGACAAUUUUACGCCCGCCAACCCCCUGGUCACCCCACCUCAUAUCAAGCCCGAGUGGUACUUCUUGUUCGCCUACGCAAUCCUACGAUCUAUCCCCAACAAGCUAGGAGGGGUACUCGCCCUUUUAUUCUCGAUCCUUGUCCUUAUGGUUGUACCAAUCUUACACACCUCCAAACAACGAGGACUGACCUUUCGACCACUAACCCAAUUCCUAUUCUGGGCCUUGGUGGCGGAUAUACUUAUCUUAACCUGAAUCGGGGGCAUGCCCGUGGAACACCCAUUCAUCAUUAUCGGCCAAGUUGCCUCUGUGAUCUACUUCGCCAUCUUCCUAGUUCUUUCACCCCUAGCCGGCUGGGCCGAAAAUAAAGCCCUCCAAUGAGCCU